AUGACAUUACGAGUCGUUCCCAGCGUACUGGGAAAGCGAGCCUUCCAGGAGCUCUACCAUGUUCCACGACUUCCUCUCUUCGUGGCCUCCAGACGUCUGCCUCUCCCUCACAAUGUCCGAUACUAUGCCAGUUUACAAGAAGAUCGCGGUCGAGAGACGGGGCCACCUCCAGGAUUCGAUCCAUCGAAAGUUAAGCAGCCCCAGAGCGGCUCUGCCUCUACGCCGCAGUCCUCUUCGGGCACUUCAAUUCCCUCCGAGACCAAAUCUUCCAGCGAUGGUCCGCUGAAACCUUCGACAUCAUCACUCGGGUCGCAAGACUGGGAAGAGAACCCGGACUUGAGCAUAUCAAAAUUCUCUGAACUGCCGGGGAAGGAUUUCGGAGUCAAUCAGCAUAUGCUGAUCAAUGAAGAAUUCAAGGAAGCUUUGAGACAAAUACUUUGGAAGUUUCGCGCGCCCAUUCGGUAUGCCUUUGCUUAUGGAUCUGGUGUAUUUCCGCAGAGCUCGGGCAGCACCGUGGGAGAUUCUAAAUUGCAUCCUUCACCUCCGGAAGCAAUAAUGAAGGUCCAAGACGGAAACCAGAAAAUGAUUGAUUUUAUAUUCGGCGUUUCAUACAGUCAACACUGGCAUGAUUUGAACCUACAAGAGCACCGGGACCACUACUCGGCGGUUGGCUCAUUGGGUUCUUAUGCUGUUUCUAAGAUCCAGGAGUCUUUUGGAGCCGGCGUGUACUUUAAUCCUUUCGUCACUGUUAACGGGACUCUAAUCAAAUACGGCGUGGUCAACCUGGACACCUUGUGCAAAGAUCUAUCAGAGUGGAAUACUCUGUAUCUUGCUGGCCGCCUACAAAAGCCAGUCAAGAUUCUACGCGACAAUCCAGCAGUCCGACUUGCCAAUCAAGUCAAUUUAAUUGCAGCUGUCCGCACAGCCCUACUCCUUCUCCCAGCCAACUUUACCGAACGGGAACUCUAUGGGACGAUCGCCGGAAUAUCUUAUAUGGGUGACCCAAGGAUGACAAUUGGGGGCGAUGAUCCUCGUAAAGUUGAGAACAUUGUCAAGCACCAGAUCCAUAACUUCCGACGUCUCUAUGCACCGCUUGUUGACAAUCUUCCCAACAUCUCUUUUGUUGACUCGGCAUGCUCCAAUCGAGAUUGGUUAGAGGAUCCGACCGUCAAUGCGAAACUCGCUCAGAACAUGGACCCUGUGACCCGGGGACACAUGGUUCGACGUCUACCCAGCGCUUUCCGAGAAAAAUUGUACUUUGAAUAUCAGUCCAAAUUCAACUUUCCCCGGGCGGAAUUCAUGAGGAUGCUUGAGCAGACCAAGGAUGAAGAUCCAGAACGUAUCCGAAAACGCGAGGGUGGUAAGUUUGAACAACGAAUCGCUUCCGAUACCGAAGGUGGCGGGCUACGCGAGGAAGUGCGACAAGUCAUCGAAUCGACGAUUCGCUGGCCUUCGUUCACUCAGAGUCUCAAGGGACCCAUCACGGCAGGAAUUGCACGAAGCUGGCGGUACGCGAGUGAAAAGCGGGCAAAAGCUAAAAAGGGGGCUCUUGCAAAACAGCUGGAAUCAGAAAAGGAGAAAAACAGUUGA